AUGGUAAGGCCUCCUUGCUGCGACAAGCUGAACCUUAAAAGGGGUCUCUGGACUGAAGAGGAAGAUGCAAAGAUACUUGCACAUGUCUCAAAACAUGGCACAGGAAACUGGACUGCUGUUCCUAAAAAAGCAGGACUUAAGAGAUGUGGGAAGAGCUGCAGGCUAAGGUGGACUAACUACCUGAGGCCUGAUCUUAAGCAUGACAGCUUCACACCCCAAGAAGAGGAGAUGAUUGUCAGGCUUCAUUCUGCCAUUGGUAGCAGAUGGUCCAUCAUAGCCCAACAACUUCCUGGGAGAACAGACAAUGAUGUCAAGAACUACUGGAACACCAAGUUGAGAAAGAGGCUUUCUGAAAUGGGAAUUGAUCCGGUUACUCAUAAGCCCUUCUCUCAAAUACUUGCUGACUAUGGAAACAUUGGUGGCCUCCGACAACCCGGCACAAGAAUUGGAUCUCUCAACAAAGAUUUGAAGAGUGCAGUUAUGUUCAAAUCUGAACUAUAUCAAUCCCCUUCACAAGCUUUCCAAAACAUCAACAGCCAAUUGAUGCCUGCAAUAAUGGCAACCCAAGAAGCAAGCCAAGAUACCCUUCUGAAUUACAAUCAUUCAGGCAGCCGCUCAUUGGAUCUUCUUGCCGAGCUGCAGGCUAUAAAACUGGUCACAGAGGCCUCAUAUUACACCAAAAACAAGACCAUCCCACCGCCGAUAAUCUUUGUUGAAGACUUGUUGUCGCCACCGUCGUCGUCAUCAUCGUCAUCAUCUUCUCCUACUUGUUCCUCUGCAGCACAAGAAAAGUCACCCCUAGACUUCAGCUGGCAUGACUUUCUUCUUGAAGAUGCAUUUCUACCAGCUGAUCCACAUGAGCAAGAAAUCGUGGCUGAAAAUUCAUCAAAGGAAUUGGCGAGCCAAAAACAAAAUAUAAUACCACAGAGUGAGACCAACAAUGAGGCUGCUAUACAAGAAUGUUUUAAAGCUAAAGGAACUUCAUCUGCCUCUGGCAUUUCUUUUGUGGAAGCCAUGCUAGAUCAAGAACCUGAAAUGUUCUUAGACUUCCCAAACCUUUUGGAGGAAUCAUUCUACUACUGA